CAAAAAUGCCGGAAAGAUCAUCUUCUGUGAUGGAGAGUGAUGAGUCACGCAAUCAUGCAUCAACAUCAUACACAUCAAAAAGACGAAAAAGGGAAGAGGAAGAUGAAUCUUUGUUGGAAAUGGAAGAUGAUGAUCAAUACGAACAAUCACGAUAUAUUCCCUUAAAGCAACGUAAAGCAGCAGAGGCUAAAAGGAUAGCCAAUCUACGCUUGAAAGGGAUGAGAGAAGGGGAUAGUGAGAAUAACAUUUCAGCAAACGACAGAGGUGGCGAAAGAAGAGCAGAAGAGGAUAAUUCUCAUCGGCAAGCAUCAGAGGAUGAAGACGAGACCGGUGCUAGUACUGUGCAAAGAAGUAAGCAAAUCUUACUGAAACAGGCCAGAGAGCUUAGACAACAACAAGAGAAAGAAGGCAAGACAGAAAAAGAAAAACAGGCCGAAGAGGAAAGGAAGAUUCUAGAAGCGCAUGCUGCAAGAAGGAAGUUGGCAAGUGAUAUGGAACUGGCAAAAGGAAUCAGCUAUACAGAACCGAUCAAAACAUCUUGGCGUGCACCUCAUUUUAUUCGAAAGCGAACAGAAGAAGAAAGUGUUGCAUUACGUGAAAAGUAUCACAUUCUAGCAGAUGGGAAAGAUGUUCCUCCUUUAAUCGAAAACUUUCGUGAUAUGAAAAUACCACCAUGCAUCAUCGAAUAUCUUCUCUCUAAAGGGAUCAAAACGCCUACUCAAAUUCAGAUGCAAGGCUUACCGACAGCAUUUUCAGGUCGAGAUAUGAUCGGGAUCGCAUUCACGGGAAGUGGAAAGACGUUGGCUUUCAGUCUUCCGAUCUUGAUGUUUGCAGUGGAAGAGGAAAAGAAAUUGCCAUACAUUCGAGGUGAAGGCCCAUUAGGCAUGAUCAUUUGUCCAAGUCGAGAGCUGGCACGACAAACUUAUGAGAAUUUGCAAGCAAUGGCAGAAGUAUUGGAACAUGAUGGAUUUCCCAGAGUAGGCGUCUUACUCUGCAUCGGAGGGAUCAGCAUGGCAGAACAGUAUCAUACGCUCAGUAAAGGAUUUCACAUUGUUGUUGCAACUCCAGGAAGGUUACAAGACAUGCUUGACAAGAAGAAGUUCUCGCUGGAUUGUUGCAGAUAUUUGUGCUUAGAUGAAGCGGAUCGAAUGAUCGAUAUGGGUUUUGAAGAUGAUGUACGAACGAUUAUGGGCUUCUUCAAACAACAAAGGCAAACGUUGCUCUAUUCGGCCACAAUGCCACAAAAGAUUCGCACGUUUGCCGAAGAAUCAUUGAUUGCACCAAUCGUUGUCAACGUAGGAAGAGCAGGUGCGGCUAAUCUUUCGAUCAUUCAAUCGGUCGAAUACGUUAAGCAAGAAGCAAAAUUGAUGUAUUUAUUGGAAGUGCUACAAAAGACUGCUCCUCCCGUAAUUGUCUUUUCGGAUAAUAAGAAUGAAGUAGAUGAUAUUCAAGAAUUCUUAUUACGAAAAGGAGUUGAAGCGGUUGCUAUUCAUGGAUCAAAGACUCAAGAUGAACGUGAAUAUGCAAUCAAGAGUUUCAAGAAUGGCAAAAAGGAUGUAAUGGUUGCUAAUUCAGUCGCAUCGAAAGGAUUAGAUUUCCCUGACAUUCAACAUGUGAUCAAUUUCAGCAUGCCAAAAGAUAUUGAAGAAUACGUUCAUCAAAUCGGACGAACAGGUCGUGGUGGAAAGACAGGUUUAGCGACUACGUUUGUUAAUUCUUCAGCAGAAGAAGCUUCCUUGUUAGAUCUUAAAUACCUUCUCAUCGAGGCUAAACAGCAUGUUCCACCUUUCUUGUUGGCCAUUCAAGAUACCCAAGGAGGCGGUUCAGGUUGUCAAUUCUGUGGUGGUUUGGGUCAUAGUAUUGCCAAUUGUCCAAAACUGGACAGACAACAAACACGUCAACGAGCCGGUUUCUCCGGAGGGGAUGGCGGAGGUGGUGGUUACUAGAAAGUGUAUACUAUUCAAUUGUAUUUGUAGCUCUAUUUCAACAAGAUGUGAU